GCACUGUGAUUUGGAUAUGAGUGGGAAGGUGAAUACUGCUGCUGAGAAGAUCACAUACUCCAAAACUGCCAAUAUGGUGUCAGACCUGUCUCCCGAAGCUGAGCCUUACACCCGGACGUCUCGUACUCCCAGAAAGGCGGCUACGUUUGGGAAGCGCUAAAAUUCUAUGCGCAGGAAUCCCAAAGCAGAGGUGACUAAACAGGGAUGGCUGUACAAGCAGGCCAGCAGUGGAGUAAAGCAGUGGAACAAAAGGUGGUUUGUCCUUACUGACAGAUGUCUUUUCUACUACAAAGAUGAGAAGGAGGACACGGUGUUAGGAAGUUUGCCUCUGCUCAGUUUCCAAAUUGGAGGAGUUGAGCCUUCUGAUAACGUCACCCGCAAGUUUGCCUUUAAGGUGCGGUUGAAUAAGGAAGAGGAGGAGGGUGAGGACGGGGAGUUGAAGGCUCCUGUUGUGUUUUGCAUGCAGGCGGAGCACGCUGGGACCAGGACAUACUACUUUAGCACAGACAGCCAUGAGGAGCAGGAAGAGUGGAUCAGAGCCAUGAGCGAGGCUUCAGAGGUCAACAUUCAGCUAACACAGAGAAAUAACUCGGACACGAAAGCUGAUCUCAACCAUACUAUGGUGACCAAGGCACCCGACCCACAAGCACAAGAGCAUCCACACACACAAACACACAAUGAAACUGACAGUGACCAGCCCCCCUACCCUAAGAUAAAUGGUGUUGACGGCUUUAAGACACCCCCACCCUCCACACCCCUCUCAAAUCAGGAGGGAAAAAAGAAUGAAGGAAGGCAUGGAGGUGGAAGAGAAGGUGAUGAUGAAAGGGGAGGAUCUGGUCCAGACUACACCCCUCACUCAAUUUACCAUCCAAAUGGUUGCAGCAACUAUGGCCCUCGCAAAAUGCUACACAAUAGCAAACCCCCUCCAUCCAGGAGUCACAGUGGGCAUCGCACCCCUCAGGAACACCCGGAGGAGAGUGGGGGCCCGUCACACGUCCCCCAGGAGCAGCAGGAGAAUGUGGUGCUGAGGAGGGGUUUUGUGCCCAGGACAGCUCCAGAGAGGGUGGCCCAGAGGAAGAGCUCAAUGGCCCAGCUGCAGCAGUGGGUCAACCAGCGGCGGGGCAUGGCAUCCCAAGAGGAUAUCAACAGCCCAUCUCAUUACUACCAAGUGAGCCGUGGGGUCUCAGCUGACUACUAUGGCUACCCUGGUGGCCCCCAGUAUGUGGAGGAGUACCCUCUGUACACAUCAGGGGUCCGACCUGACAGCAUAUGCUCUGUCUCUGCUUUGGGUGGAUACGACCGACGAUGGACUAUUGAGGAUAAGCGCCACUCACUAAGGGACGGGCAUCAGCUGUAUGGACCCCCAGUGCCCAGGGACCAAUGGGGGCAACAGUAUUACGGGGGAAUGGAAACAUCCAUGAGGCGUCUGUCCAUCCAGCCACGCUCCAGGUCUGUGCCUAGGUCACCAUCCUUGUCAUCGGGGGGGCCCUACUCACCAGUGCCACACAACUUUGCCUCGCCGGCUCGAUCACCAUCUGCCCGCUUUGACCGGUUUACAGGGAGGAUGAGGGAUGACGUGAUCUAUGCUGAUCCAUCUGUCUACAGCCUGAGGAGAUCACUCAGUUCACCGAAGAUGUUUGAAACAUUCUCCUGUCUUUAUUUGUUUCUUUUCUGCCUUUAUUUGUACCUCUCUCAGGCUUUAACCACCACUCGUAUGGAGUUUGAAGCAUUAGAGGAUGAGGCCAGUGCCAUUCACGGAGACCUAUGGGAGCAGCUUAAUGCAGGAGGGCAGAGUGAACUGGUUCGUAGGCACAUCCAGAAAGAGUUUUGGAGAGUACAGGAUGUAUUAGAGGGACUGCACAAGAAUAACUCCUCCAGAGGCACUGACACAGCCAAGCACAGAGUGACCAGCGGUGCAUCAGGCUCCUUUAGCACCAAUAGUCCAGCCAGUCCCCUGAGCUCAGUAAGCCUUACCAGCCCACUCAGCCCCUUCUCCCCAGUGCCCGGCUCCCAGGCCUCCCCCACCAAACAGCUGGGCCCGGAGGAAAAUGUUCCCCCAAGGCCUCCCCUCCCCAAGUCCUAUUACCCUUUGGAGUCCUCCUCUACCUUCCCUCCUUCCACCCCCACCCCUUCCUUUGACAGCACCGCCUGGCUUCGCAGCUUGGGCAUUGAUGAUGGUUACUUUGAUGGUGAAGAUUCUCACAUCAGAAAGCCCAGGUUUGGAGAAGAGAACAAUAUUAGUGAUGUCCAGGACCAGGUCCAGGACAGACAAUCAACCCUGAAUAAAGUUGGCAUUGUUCCUCCUAGAACGAAGUCUCCCACUGAUGAAUCCCACAGCAGCUCUGCUGGAGUUUCCCGGUAUAACGGCAGAGUACCUAAUGGAAUCUCUAGGCUGAUGGCUCCUGACAAGGUUCUGAUCCAAGAGCGCUACCUGGAUGUGGAGGAUAACACUCCUCUGAGCCCCGAGGAACAGAAGGAGAAGCAGAAGAAACUGGAAAGGAUCAAAACCCUCAUUGCCAAAUCAAAUUUGCAGAACAUGGUUCCUCUCCUGGAUGGCCCAGUGGAGGGCGGAGUCCCAGUCAGUUCCCAGCAGCAGCUGCAGGAGCAGGAGAAGCGUAUUGAGAUCUCCUGUGCUUUGGCUGCUGAGGCUUCUCGUCGCAGCCGCCUUCUCUCCGCCCAGUGUGCCCCCAGUCCCCACACCUCCCCGACCAGCCUGGCACCUCCCCCUUCCUCUGCUGACUUUCCCAACUCUGCCCACAUCAUGAAGGUCUGAGUCACACAAGCUCAAGCCCUGGCUGCUGUCAAAUUUGAUGGAGCAUCUUUCUGAGGUAUCUCUGGACAAACUGAACAAUGAAAAUGGCCCCAGACAAAUUACGUUUAUUUAAUUUAGCAGUUAACAACAAUAUGACAAAAGCGAAGGAGGUCCUAAGAAGAAAGGACAAAUUUAAAACAUGAAUAGAAGCUAUAAAGACUUGUAAGGUUAACCUCCCAAACUCCAGUUCAUCCAACUUAUUACAGCCACCCACACAAGGGAAGGUCUUCUACCAGCUUCAAAUUGUGUAAUAUAUCUAUAUAAUUUAGCUCAGGACGUAUCUACUAAGAGAUAGAGAUUACUGAUUAACUAUGUUGAUGGUGAGAUUGAGGUUCGAUGUGAAUUCACACAGUAAUACUGCAUAUAAGAGGCCAAUGCUGAAGAUGAACAAGAAAAAAACAGCAGCAGAGAUGAAUCCAGAGAAGGAGUUAGGGUUUUGCCACAUGAACGUCACUGAGGUUAACGAGUCGACAAGACUCUCGCUAAAACCUACAGAAAGCCUUUGAACAUGCUUCUGGACAAUAAAAAGCCAAAUGAAGAUGUUCUUAGAUCUCUAUAUCAACCCUGAAAAAACACCAAUGGCUUGUGGCCCAGUGAGGACUUAGUGACAGCCUGACUGUAUUUGUCCACACUGAGACAACUGUCAAGACUGAAGCCGUCAUACUUAAAAAAAUAUACUGUAAAAAGCAGAGGACUCUUCUGAACUCACUGUGAUGCCUGUUUUCCAUCAUCAUUGUAAAGUAAUGUCACCUGGAUUAUGUUUUGCUUCAGUACAUCACCUAUUUCUGACACCAAACACGCAAGAGCACAGAGCUUUUUGCGACGCAGAGCUGAAGAUGAAGAGAUGAAAUCAUGACCCAUCUUAAAAACUUGCAUAAGACCACAUCUUGUCCUACCUCAAAAACACAAUAUUAAUUUACUAACCUGUGUUGCUAGGAGGAUACCAAGAGGACCCCCUCUCAUAUUUUCUGUGAUGGUUUUACUCACUUACUUGUAGGAGCGUAAAGUCCCUGAUAUAAUCAAAAAAGAAUGCACAUACUAGACUGUGUAAGAAGGAAAUAAAAAACACAGCAGGCCAGGACACAAUCUUUUGCCACAGAUGUAAAGAAGCAUCUGUCUGAGGCAAUAAUGAAGCCUAAAAGAAGAGACAGAAAUAGCUUGAAUAGACCAGAAGCUUUUUUUGUAGUGGAAUACUAUUUUUCAAUUCAGUAUUCCUUCAACAUAUGGUCAUGGCAAACUGCAGUUAGGAUAUCAGCAAAGAAUUUUUGUAACUUUCCUAAUCUUUAUGGUGGUCAUCUGGUGGUUAGACAAGGGAAAAGUUAGCACAGAGUACUUGUAGGAAAUUUGACGAAUACCUGGGACUCUUGUUGAAGUCAAACACUUAUGGGAUAUUGGAACUGUUUUAUGAGGAGUACGGUCUAGAACUACUCCAUUUAAAAAAAAAGUGUCCUGAGAUAACUUCUGUAAUGAUUUGCCACUAUACAAAUAAAUUGAAUUGAACCGAAUUGGAUAUAGCCAUCCUACACCUCGGCCUCCACACCAUCGCUGUGCACUGCUCUAUAUGAACCUUACAUUUCUGAACUGUUUUGGCACAGAAUGUUGGCACUCAGUGUAAAUCUCUUAUCCAGAACAGAUGCAUAUGAAUGUAAUUCAUAUGAGACAGAGUUGCAUCAAACAGCGACACAGUCACCUCACCACCAACCACUGUGUGCAUUCCUGCAUUUUCCUGAAAUUCUUACAGUGAUUGUCUACAUAAAUGUACAGUAGGUAUGUUGGAUAUGCGUUUAGAAAUGUUACACUGUAUGUGGAAAGUAAAAUAGAAGUGACCUUAGAAGUGUAACACUGCUAGAAAAACACUUGUCUGUGUAAAGAGGAGUUAGCUAAAGAUGCAGUUAUUUGAGAGGAAUUAUAUACGGGAAAUUACUGUCAUGUAACAUAUCCCAACAACAUUUCAGCUAAUCAUGCAGUGCCAUAAGUCUGAAACAUGUCUGUCUGUUUUAUAUGCUGUGAUGAAUGGACAUAAGUGACAUGACUUAAAAACAAGUUUAAAUCUGGAGGAAAUGCAAUGACUGAUGGCACCAAUGGGGAUUGCUAAGGUUAGACAUGAUCAAAAUGUGCUGUGUUAAGUGGAAUUCCGAAGUGAAAAAUAUAAAUUAUAAAAUAAAAUAUUAAAUAAUUCAAUAAUAUGUUUUGAAAUAAAUGUAAUAUAUGAAUAAAGUAAAUAAUACAUUAGUUAAUUACAGUACAUUUCAUUUUAAAACGUUGUACUUUAAGGCAAUGAUUAAAUAGAGUAAGUAUGCAGGUAGAUGUGGAGUUUUGACUACAUCUGCUGGUAUUUUGGUGCCCUGACUAUACUUUAGUAUUGUCUAUACUAUCUAUAAUGAUACACUAAACAAUUCUAGCUUCAAAUGUUAGACAUACUUAGAACAUCAUCAUGGUCCGUAUUAUUAAAAAAAAGCCACUAGAAUCUUAUCUCUCUAGUUUAGGCCAUGCCUCUUCAUUACACCUUCCUCCAGAUUUGAAUGCUGUGACCACACACACCUCCCCUUUGUUAUGUAUGUGUUAUUUAUGCUUACACACUUCGAUGUUCAAGUGACCUGUCUUUGUAGAAGGCUACUGUAACUACAUGCUCAGAUUCAGAGAAUAUUUUACAGAAAAUUGAAUUUUAUGUGGAAAGCACUUAAUGGAUCUCACUACGCAAAAACAAAACAAGGAUUUAAGAGAAUACUUCUAUUUUUUCUUGUUUUAAGUUAUAUUAAGAAAGGGAAUAAGUUCAAAAGAGGGAGUACAUAUUUUUUUAGAUGCAUUGAUAUUUGAUGACAGGUUAAAUUUUUACACUCAAUUGCGUUUAGCAUUUUUCACAAGAAAGACUUUGUUUUUAUUUUAUUGCUCUUGAGGAUUGUUUGAAGGAGCAGAACAUAGAUAUUUUUAGAUAAAUUGGAAUCUGUUGACAUGACAGCCAAAAGGUGGUGUCCAAUAUUUGAUACUAGAUGUAGCAUUUGUGGAUGAUAAAAAUAAAGAAUAUAUACAUCAUUUACAUUGGUCAAUGUAUUUAAUAUUUUGGACUUCAGUUACAAUAUAUCCUAUAGUACAUGUAACCAUUGCUACUUUGAGGAAAAAUAGACAAAUUGCUUGAACUAUGCAAAUGUUAAAAAAGAGACAAAUAAUAUGCUUGCUUUCAGAAAACCUUGCAAUAAAGUUAAUGUAUAAAAAUAUGUGUUUCUAGAUGCUUCUGAAUUCAUCACAGUAUUUUGUAUGAUAAAACAUGUCUGGCUGCCUGGAAUGAUGAUACUGCUGUUAUUUUAAUCCACUCGUUGAUGAUGAAGUUCACUGCCAAAAGGACUCCUAAGAUUAACUGUCCAGUCCAGUCAUUACCAAUAGGCUCGCUGAUGAUAUUCUACAGCUUUUGUUAUAUCAAACUGUAUGUCUGAAUAAAAAAGUACA